GAUCGGAAAAAUAUCUCCUAACUCCUUUCUCUCUCUCUCAUUUCUCGACGAGACUUCAUGGUUGAAGAGGACGAAGUUAUUGUUCUCGGCACCGGUCUCAAGGAGUGUAUCCUCAGCGGUCUCCUCUCCGUCGAUGGUGUCAAGGUGCUUCACAUGGACAGGAAUGAUUACUAUGGUGGAGAGUCUACAUCUCUUAACCUCAAUCAGCUUUGGAAGAAGUUCAGGGGAGAAGACAAGGCUCCUGAACAUUUAGGUGCUAGCAGGGAUUACAAUGUUGACAUGAUGCCUAAGUUUAUGAUGGGAAAUGGCAAGCUUGUUCGUACUCUUAUUCACACAGACGUUACCAAGUAUUUGUCCUUUAAAGCCGUUGAUGGAAGCUAUGUGUUCGUUAAGGGAAGGUUCAAAAGGUGCCAGUGACUCCUAUGGAGGCCUUGAAGUCUCCUCUCAUGGGUAUAUUUGAGAAACGUAGAGCUGUUGAUAAAACGAAGAUACUUCUCAGAUGAACAACCAGCAGCUUCACCAUGGAGUAUUUCACCGCAUCGAACCUCAUCAUCCCAACGUUUAGACGACGAGAUCACAAGCGAUGAUGACCAAUUCUACAAGAGAACAAGUUAACAUGGAGAUCCUUACAAGUACAACAACACGCUACCGCCACUUCCAGCACAACGCAACUUAACUCCUCCUCCUACGCUAUUUCCGCAGCAGCCUGUAUCUACUCCUGAUAACUACGCUAUACCAAGAUUCUCACUUUCUAGUUUGCAAGAAACAAGCAACAAUGGCAGUGAUAGAUCAUCUAAACGAAUGGAUAUUAACGUUUGAAACUUGAAAUCUUCUCUAUCGUUACAAGAAAACUUAAUGAACCUGUGUUUGCGUCUGGUAUCUAUUAUUCUUUUUGAUUGUUCCACUGGUUUCUUCUUUCUUUUGGGUUGGAAGUGGUAAAGUGAAUAUGUGUGUAAUCAAUCAAACCCUCUCUGGAUCGUUCCUAUAGCAGAUCUUUUUUACAGUUUUUUUAAAACCUUAUCUUGUAUUACUGUUUGAAACAGCAGAAAAGAACAGUUAUUGAUUUUACAUCAUCAACCAAAUCCUUACUAACGACAUUAGUCACAUCAUUGGACUUGUCUUGGUUUCCAACGAGCUUGUUAUCUU